AUGGUGGAUACAUACAAGCACAGGGAAAUUACUGUUAAGAGUGCAUGGGAGAGGUUGAGACAAAGAAAACAAAGAUCACAAGUUUAUGAGAAAUUUUGGAUAAAAGGAUUACCAUACAAAAUCUCCAUCUUCUUAUGGAGAGUAUGGUUUUGGAAGUUACUUAUAGAUGAAGUUCUGCAGAAAAUGAAUAUCAGUAUAGUUUCAAGAUGCUUGUGUUGUCAUGUACAACAAGAAACAAUGGAUCAUGUGUUCCUUACAGGGCCAUUUGCUAGAAGAAUAUGGAACUAUUUUUCAACAGCUGCAGGAAUUAUGGGCCCUUUCAUACAGAUCAAGCAGACAAUUUUGAUAUGGUGGAAUUUUAAUACUGUGGCUAGAUUGAAAGCUUUAUAUCAGGCCAUUCCUCUAUUAGUGAUGUGUCAGUUGUGGAAAAGUAGGAACAUAAGAAGACAUGGAGGAUCAGUUUCUAUGUUAAGGUAUCCUUGGUUGAAGAAUAUGCCAAAAAUGUGGCCUUUGGUGGUUGAGUUGUUGGAGAAUUACAGAAAUCCUUUAACUUAUAAACAGGUGAAGUGGAAAUUUCCUAGAAAUGGACACUUCAAAUGUAACACUGAUGGUGCAUCAAGAGGAAAUCCAGGUCCCAGUUCUGCAGCUUUUUUUGUGAGAAACAGUUCAGGAGCUUUCCUACAUGCCAUGGCAAGGAUAUUACAAGAUACAACAAAUCUUGCUAAUGAGGCUAUGGCCAUUGAGGAAGGUACAAUUCAAUAUGAUAAUUUUCAGGAUAUACCAUCUCAAGGAAGGAGGCUCAUCAAUAUGGACAAGAGUCAAAUGCCAAAUCUCAGUAUUAGAUUAGCCAACAUUCAGGAUAUUAACAACAACAGCAACAGAAGAUCAUAA